CCAGGGCUAAGUAUAAAUUAUUAUAGUUGUUGAUGGGCUUCCUUUUCUUAUCUGCCAUUCCAAUCUCGUUCACAUGUCCCUAACCAAAGGUCUCCGUCGCGUGUGAGUAUAAGGAUCCAUGGAGUUGGGGAGGGAGGGUCCUCCUACCUCCUCCCCGCCUUCCCCUGCCAGUUGGAGUGUGGGACCAUCUACAGUCGAGUCUCCCACCUCCUGGGAGUCCCGUCUGCUCUACUGACUCUCUCCACUGGUGUCAAGGUCCUGCGUCGCAGAGUCCCUCUCCAGACCUACACCUCAGACCUGGACCUCUCCAAUGGCCUCACUCUCUACUGCUGUAUUAGCUUACCUGGAGGAGGUAGUGAUGAUGAGGGAGACGAGGGAGAAAAAGGGAAUACUGAUGAACCAAAAAAUGAAAGAGGCUUUGGAGCCAAGAAGGUAAAACCUUACUCUGUGUACAUUAGCAAUGAUGCCAUGAAUGCUCUCAUUUUAGAAAUCUGUUUUCAGCAGACUACCCAACCCUGCACUAGAAAAGCCGACUAUAUCAGAACUACAGUGUCUCAAGGUGCCGUACGCAGUUGGUAGGAAGUGUACGGAAUUUGGAACCUUCCUCCUCCAAGAUCGUGAUCGUUCUCAUAUGGAACGUAUAGAUAAACAUUUUCAUUCCAGGGGAUUUAAAGCUGUUUACAUAAUACUAAAAAUAUGGUUGGCAGGGACAGGCCUCCCAAGGACAUGGAAUCUCUCAUCGAAACACUUAGAUACUGUGGAAGCUACACAUUGGCAAAUGAGAUACAAGCAAUAAAAGUGCCUUCCAAUACUUCUUAUGUUAAUAGAAUUUUGUCCCAUCACUUACAAGUAACUCUGCAUAAUUUUUAAUAUAGGUGACUCGUCCCUUCAGGAAGCAAUUGAGGAGGGAUCCAUUGAAGUGUCUUUGGCAAAGGUAGCAAUAGUUGGAACAGCAGGCGUGGGCAAGACCAGUGUCUAUUGUCUCCUGAUGGGGCUGCCGCCACCAGAUCCUGGCAAGAGAACCAGCACAGAGUGUGCCACAUGCCCCGUCCGUGUCGUCCAAGUUGGAGGCAGAGAAGAUGGGAAAUGGGAGAAAGCUGUACUGAAACAAAUGGUAGCGGAAGCUGUUCCAACUCUGUGCAGGAGAUUGAAGAAGUGUGCAAGAGAGAAAGGGAGUAGCAUGCAUGAGGAGGUCGAUCCACAAGAAAUGGACAUCAAAAGAGAAGAGACAGAAACUAGGGCAGAGAGCAGCAGAAACACAGACAGUGACACACCAAAGACCAAAACAAGUCCUCUGCAAGGAGUAAUCGAAGACGUAGUAAUGGAACUGGAGCAACUAGUGACACAGCACCUCACAGUAGAGCGUCUGUACCGUGAUACUGAGCAGCUUUCGCUGGAAAAAAAGGCAAUAUAUCUCACCGAUAGUGGGGGCCAACAAGCCUUUUGGGAUCUCGCCCCAAUUUUCUUGCACAGCCCCUCAACAAUCAUGUUUGUUCAUCGUCUCUGCGACAAACUUGGGGAAAAGCCACUCAAUGACUUGUACAAGGAAGGAAAGAUGAUUGCGCCAAGUCAGCGAGCCACACUCACUACAGCUGAAGCUUUCCAACUGAUGUGCCAGGGAUUAGAGAUAGACAGCGAAUCCAAGGUAAUAGUUAUUGGAACCCACAAAGAUGUUUAUUAUGAACAGCACAACGAAAGCAUUGCUGACAAAAAUGAAAAGUUUGGAAGCUACAUACCAGAAAAUGCAAAACUGUACUUUGAUGAAGGCAUGACCAAAGUGAUUUUUGAAGUCAACGCAGCCAUUCCAGGAGAGGAAGAGAAGGAGAUUGCCAUGGCAAUCAGGGAAAAUGUUGUAGAGGCAGCUCAGCACCAUGUAGUGCCUAUAUCUUGGUACGUGCUCCAAAUUGUUCUGGAAGAGGUUGCCAGGAGAUUAGGAAGACAAGUGUUCACAACGAACGAGUGUGUAGCUGUAGCCAAGGAGCUUAGUUUUGAACCAGAUGAAACAGAAGCAGCCCUCAGAUUUUUCGACAAAUUGAACAUUUUUUUCUACAAAGAAGAGCUUCUUCCAAAUGUUGUGUUUACUAGCUCACAAGUGUUAUUGAAUGCUGUCACAGAACUUCUUGAAAAGCGUUACAGAUUGCUUGAGGCAAAGAACACACCUAGUAAACUAUUCAAACUAACCGAUGGAAUUUGGCGAUCGUUUCGUGACCAGGCUAAGAUCACAAUCAAA